UCCGACACGGUAGGACGUCCCGAAUGCUCCCGUCGGCGCAUCUGCAACCGCUCUGACGUUGUCUAGUGAUCGAGUUCGAACAUUGGAGUGAUUUGUUUUCAGUGCGACGACCCUCUGUGAUUGUGACGUGACGAAUAAAAAAUUGUGUGUGGUGUGCACUAUGAGGUUACGUACGUUAUGAAUGGUCUGGAUCGCUGCUUCUUCGAUCAACGUGAGUCACAGCAAAAUGGGGACGACUGCGGGUACAGUUAUAUAAGCCUGGGCCGGCUUCACCCGUACGGCUCGGGCAGCUCGAGCAGCGGCAGCCGGCGGCGGCGCGGCCCGACGGACUCGCCGGCGCCCACCACCCCCACCUCGGCGUCCGACAACGCGUCCGACGCCACGCUCACCGACUCCGAGUUGCCGCUCGCGAGGGAGUCCACGCUGCUGCAUAACGGCAUGCUGAGGACCACUUACGACCGACCAGACCACGAACGUUGUUUACUAGAAGGCGUCAGGCCACCUCCCGAUGUGCCCCCACGGAACCCGACAAUGUCUCGCCUGAACGGAAGGAUCACCGGCAACCCGGCAGACCUGGGUGAUUUCGAGCCCUCCUGCCUGGUGCGCACGCCGUCUGGAAAUUUCUACGUUCCUUCAGGGGACAUUCAGAAAAAUCCGUCUAUGGACUACAAAUCGAAUUCAUCGUGCAGUAGUCCUGGGAAACAAGAGAAAAGUACCUUGGAGAGGAUGGACAGGGGUGAGAGGCACCCGGCCUUCGGGCAACCUGUCCCGGUCCUCCCCGUUAGGAAUAACCUUAGGGCAGCUCACUUCUCACCAGCAGCAUCUCGCUUCCACUUCAGAAAAGGCCUAUCUUCGAGAUGCUCUUGGAAGUGUACUGCGAUAGUCUUCAUCUUACUAUUUGUACUCCUGUUGUCCAUCGCCUCGUAUAUGUCAGCUACCUAUUUCACCGACAACUGGUCAUAUCAAAAUGCUAAGCCCUGUUCAGUAUUAGUCGGUGAUUCGAGUAAUGAUAAUUUUUUAUCAUCGAAGGCCGCGUUCGAAUCAAGUAACAAAUCUUUAACGAGGCAAGAACCUUCGACGUCAUCUGCUACAGGUAAAGGGGAAAAUCAUUCGCGCCCACGUAGAAGCGUAGAUGAGCAUGCUUCUUUAUCUUCUGUUCCUAUCACAAACUCUUCCACAGUAGAUAUGCAUGAUUUAAUCACUACGCCUUCAGUGGGAUCUUCUAGUUUAGUGCAUGGUGUGCCUUCGGAUAUAUCUCCGACUCCUUUAGAAGAUGACACCGAGACAGCUUCUUCAUCAACAACGUCAAGCACAAUUGGGUCUGGUAACAUUAAUAAUUUAACAACUAGCAGCACUAAACUUGACAAAAUAGAUAAGCAAUUGUUAACUAAUAAGACAAUACCUUCUGUAACAACAACUGAUACCAGUUAUAAAACUUCGACAAGCACAGAAAAUAUAUCUGAUGGUAUAGAAGUACCGCCAGAACAUUCUAAACUCAAUGCUGAGGCAAAAAGUAACAUAGCUUACGAACCUGAAGAUAUGCAAGGUGAUGCUUUUCCUUCUAUUUAUUCAUAUGGUGUACAAAGGCUUCAAUACCUAAAACUACUAACCAGACUUAAUGAGGUCAAUGAACAAUUACACAUAUCAAAUAAUGAAUCAGAUGAGGUAGAGGACAAUCUUAGUAAGUAUAAAUAUGAAAGUGACAAAAUAACAUCCGUAACAAAGUCUACACCACUGUCUUCUAGUACUACUACCACUACGAGCACUACCUCUUCUAUGACGAAGAUGGAUACAAAAUCAUCAACGGAAAUAUCAAACAAGAACGUUGCUUCCACUGUGACUAAUAUCCCAUUUACUACUCACAAGCCUGAUGCGUUAUUAGAGCAUGUUGAUCUCAUAACGAAGGAACCGCCAAAUGUAAAUAACAAUGAACUUUUUAAUGAUACAAAUAGUUUCUUAACUACGACUACUCCAAUGGAACAUUCAACUCAAAAUGUUGUCACUGAUUCCAAGGUAACAGAAACAUCGUCUAAUCCAAAACACGUUUUGAUCAAUCUAACAAUUUCUGCAGAUGGUGCGAAUAAUGAUUUAUACAAACCUUUAUAUUCGUUGACAGUAACAGUACCCACAGUCGGUGAUACAAACGAAAUACCAACAGUAAAAAUCACUCCAAUAGAUAUUGAACCGACUUUGCCCACGAAAUUCAAUAAGCCUGAAGUAUUAUCGAAUAUAACAAAAAUUCCCGAUGCGGAAGAUAUGGGUGGAAGCUGCGAGUGUUCUUGUCCUGUUUGUGAAGUCAGUAAUUCUGCAGACGACUUUUAUGAGGACUAUGUAGAAAAAACAACAAAAACGAACGUUCAGGAACAAUCCACAUUUGAGACAACUGAGAGUUCUACAGUAGAUAAUCCAGAAGCUACAACCGAAACGAUUGAACCAACUAUAAUAUUAUCUAAAAGCGAAGUUGAAGUUUCUACACAAACAGAAAACAGCAAUGUAAGCGAUUUCACAACAGAUUAUGCCUCUGUGACGUCCACCGAAUCUAAUAUAUGUGUUACGACUGAGGUUCCACAAUGUGUUUGUCCAAAAAUAAAGCCUCCACCGAUCCUAAUAUUGGAAGGUGCUCGAACGUUCCCCGCACAGUCCUUUCCACCUGAUGGAACGACGUUUAAACAAAUAACUUUAGGUGAAAAGAUAUCGAAAGAAAUCCCUCCAUAUAGCUAUUGGAAUAUGCAAUUCUAUCAGUCGGAGCCGGCAUAUGUUAAGUUCGAUUACAUGAUACCUAGAGGAGCAUCGAUUGGCGUCUACGCAAGGAGAAACGCUUUACCGACUCAUACUCAGUAUCACAUUUUGGAAGUACUGAGUGGUUUUAAACCCCGAACAACGAGAGCUUCGCACCCGUCCGUGAAACAGGAAGUCACGCAUUACAUGGAACAAGGUCACUGGUUUCUAUCUCUCUACAACGACGACGGCGAUCCCCAGGAGGUAUCGUUCGUUGCCAUGGUCGCCGAUGACAUGACUCACAACUGCCCCAACGGCUGCUCCGGCAAAGGGGAAUGUCUGAUGGGACAUUGCCAAUGCCAGCCCGGCUUCGGAGGAGACGAUUGUAGCGAAAGCGUAUGUCCGGUGCUGUGUAGCCAACGCGGAGAGUACAUUAACGGGGAAUGCCAGUGCAACCCCGGCUGGAAGGGCAAGGAGUGCUCGCUGCGGCACGACGAGUGCGAGGUCCCCGACUGCCACGGCCACGGUCACUGCGUCAACGGAAAAUGCUCCUGUGUCAGAGGAUACAAGGGCAAGUUCUGCGAGGAGGUCGACUGCCCUCACCCGACCUGCACGGGCCACGGCUUCUGCAUCAACGGCACCUGCGUAUGCAAAAAGGGAUGGAAGGGCUCGGACUGCGCGACCAUGGAUAAAGACGCCCUGCAGUGUCUCCCCGACUGCUCCGGCCACGGAACCUUCGAUGUGGACACUCAGGCCUGCACUUGCAAUCAGCGGUGGUCGGGCGACGACUGCUCGAAAGAGGUAUGCGAUCUAGACUGCGGGCCUCACGGCAGGUGCGUAGGCGAGGCGUGCGUGUGCGACGCCGGGUGGACGGGCGAGUACUGCACGUCGAAGCUGUGCGACGCGCGGUGCAGUGACCACGGCCAGUGCAAGAACGGCACCUGCCUCUGCGUGUCCGGGUGGAACGGACGACAUUGCACGCUCGAGGGAUGCCCCCGCGGCUGCGCCGGACACGGCCAGUGCAGGGUCGCGAACGACGGACGCUGGGAGUGCAAGUGCUUCGAGGGAUGGGACGGCCCCGACUGCACGACGCUGAAAGAACAGAUCUGCGACGAUUCGAAGGAUAACGAUAAAGAUGGCCUGGUGGACUGCGAGGAUCCGGAGUGCUGCCACACAGCGGCGUGCAAGGGCAGCCAGCUGUGCGUGUCCUCGCCCAAGCCCACUGACAUCCUGCUCCGGAAACAACCGCCGGCCAUCACCGCGUCCUUCUUCGAGCGCAUGAAAUUCCUCAUAGACGAGGGGAGCCUCCAGAACUACGCCAAGCACGAGACCUUCAACGAGAGUAUGUUUUGGAAUCACUUCAACACGAGUCGGUCCGCCGUGAUUCGGGGGCGGGUAGUGACGUCAUUGGGCACUGGCUUAGUGGGAGUGAGGGUUUCUACCUCCACCCCCCUGGAGGGCUUCACUCUGACACGUGACGACGGCUGGUUCGACCUCCUGGUGAACGGCGGCGGCGCUGUGACCCUUCACUUCGGCCGAGCUCCGUUCAAACGAAGCACCCAAGUUGUGUUCGUACCCUGGAAUGAGGUUGUGAUAAUCAACGAGGUGCUGAUGACGACUUCGGACGACAAGGGCAGCGUGGGUCCGCCGCAGGCGUGCCUCGCCCACGACUACGAGACCAUGAAGCCGGUGGUGCUAGCGACGUGGAAGCACGGCUUCCAGGGUGCCUGCCCGGACAGGAGCGCUAUACUCGCUGAAUCUCAGGUCAUUCAAGAGAGCGUCCCGAUAGCGGGGACCGGUCUGAACCUGGUGUACCACAGCUCGCGAGCCGCCGGCUACCUGUCCACCAUCCAGCUCCAGCUGACUCCGGAGAAGGUUCCCCCGACCCUCGCCCUGAUACAUCUGCGCAUAACCAUCGAGGGCAUACUCUUCCAGAAGGUUUUCGAAGCGGAUCCCGUCAUCAAGUUCACGUACCCUUGGAAUCGCCUCAACAUCUACCGCCAGAGGGUUUACGGCGUGACUACGGCCCUGGUGAAGGUGGGCUACCAGUACACCGACUGCAAGGACGUCAUCUGGAACGUUCAGACCACCAAGCUGAGCGGCCACGACAUGAGCAUCUCGGACGUCGGUGGCUGGAAUCUCGAUAUCCAUCACCGGUACAACUUCCAUGAAGGUAUCCUCCAAAAGGGUGACGGCACGAACAUAUACCUGAAGCACAAGCCUCGGGUGAUCAUCACCACGAUGGGUGAUGGGCACCAGCGCGCACUACAGUGCAGCCCCGGGUGCGAGGGCCCGGCCAAGCGCCUGCGGCUGCUAGCGCCGGCCGCGCUGGCCUCAUCGCCGGACGGUGCCUUGUACGUUGGCGACUUCAACCUUGUCCGCAAGAUACUCACUGAUGGCUCCGUGCGCACGCUCGUUAAACUAAACGCCACGCGCGUGUCGUACCGCUACCACAUGGCGCUGUCGCCGCUGGACGGCACGCUGUACAUCUCCGACCCCGAGUCACACCAGAUCAUCAAGGUCCGCGACGUCGACGACUUCAGCGACCCCGACCACAACUGGGAGACCGUGGUGGGGUCCGGCGAGCGCUGCCUGCCCGGUGACGAGGCCCACUGCGGUGACGGGGCUCUGGCGCGGGACGCCAAACUCGCCUACCCGAAGGGCGUGGCCGUGUCCACCGACAACGUCCUGUACUUCGCCGACGGCACCAACAUCCGCAUGGUCGACCGGGACGGCAUCAUCACGACCGUCAUCGGCAACCACAUGCAUCGCGCGCACUGGAAGCCCAUCCCGUGCGAGGGCACGCUCAGCGUGGAGGAGGUGCACCUGCGCUGGCCCACCGAGCUCGCCAUCAACCCGCUCGACAACAGCCUGCACGUCAUCGACGACCACAUGAUCCUGCAGAUGGCGCCAGACGGGCGGGUGAAAGUAAUCGCGGGCCGGCCGCUGCAUUGCCCCUCGCCCCCGCUUGGCGUCGACGUGGAGCUCGCCACGUCCGCCACGCUCGUCAUGCCUCAGAGCAUCGCCUUCGGGGCGGCCGGCGACCUGUACGUGGCCGAAAGUGACUCGCAGCGCAUCAACCGCGUCCGCCUUAUCACCACCGACGGCCGCAUCUCCCUCUUCGCCGGCGCCGAGUCCAAGUGCAACUGCCUGGAGAAGGGCUGUGACUGCUUCGAGGCCGACCACUUCCUCGCCUCCACCUCCAAGUUCAACACGAUAUCGGCGCUGAGCGUGAGCCCGGACGGCGUCCUGCACAUCGCCGACCAGGCCAACUACAGGAUCCGGUCCGUCAUGGCGAGCAUCCCGGACGCCAGCGGCGCGCGCGAGUACGAGAUAUACUCACCGGACACCCAGGAGAGCUACGUGUUCAACCGUUUUGGCCAGCACGUUCUGACCAAGAACAUUCUGACGGGCGAGAACAAGUACGUGUUCACUUACACCGUCAACACUAGCAACGGGAAGCUGAGCACCGUGACCGACGCCGCUGGUAACAAGGUGUUCCUGCUGCGGGACUACUCCAGCAUGGUCAACUCGAUAGAAAACACGAAGGGUCAGAAGUGCAGGCUUAAGAUGUCUCGAAUGAAAAUGUUACAGGAGAUCCGAACGCCCGAAAACUUCAACGCGACGUUCGACUACUACGGAACCUCCGGGCUGCUGAAGUCUAAGUCCGACAGCACCGGCCGGAGCUACAUAUACAAGUACGACGAGUUCGGCCGUCUCACGUCCGCCGUCACUCCCACCGGACGAAUCAUCACGUUGACUUUCGAUCUCAGCAUCAAGGGCGCCACGGUUCUCGUUAGCGAAAACGGCAGAAAACCGGUUUCGAUUCUCAUAAAGGGAUCCAUGGUCAACACGAGGCUCGGCGAGGCGGAGACGAAAACGAUAAUCUCCUCCGACGGCAGCAUCUCGACUAGCAUGCCCUGGGGCCACAUGAUAUCAACCGACGCCGUCCCGUACACGAUCCUGUCCGAGAUAGAUCCGAUUUUCGGGGAGAGCUACCCCGUUCCCGCGAAACAGCGAACGGAAGUCGGCGGCGAUCUGGCCAACAGGUUCGAGUGGCGGUACUUCCUGCGACGCCUGCAAUCGAACAAAGGUAAAAGUGGCAAAGCCGUCGCUCAAAUCGGCCGCAAACUGAGAAUUAACGGCGACAAUCUUCUGACGCUGGAGUACGACAGGGACACCUCGACCGUCGCGGUGUUCAUGGACGACAAGGUGGAGCUGCUGAACGUCACGUACGACCGAAUGGCGCGGCCGAUAAAGUGGGGCCCCCGAAACGGCAUAUUCACCGAGGUGCAGCUCGACUACGACAGAUUCAAUAGACUCAUCAGCUGGCGGUGGGGAAGUCUCAACGAAUCCUACGGGUACGACCGAGCCGGCCGUCUGGACGAAAUCAAGUACGGCGACGGAUCAUCCCUGGCGUACUCGUUCAGGGACAUGUUCACGAGCUUGCCGCUCAAGGUGACCACGCCCCGCGGCAGCGACUACCUCCUGGACUACGACGACGCGGGAGCGCUCCAGAACCUAACCACACCCCGAGGCCACAUACACACGUUCGCCCUCAUGACUACCCUCGGAUACUUCAAGUACCAGUACUUCUCGCCCAUGAACAGACAUCCGUACGAGAUUCUCUACAACGACGACGGUCUCAUUCUCGCGAAGGUAUUCCCCCAUCAGUCGGGUAAAAUUCUCUACGUCUACGACAACUCCGGAAAACUCGAUGCCGUCCUGGCCGGCGCGUCGUCCGUCCGCUACGUCUACCACGAGACCACUCACCUCGUGAAGAACGUCGUCACGACCGACCCCGACUACGAGUUGAAGCAGGAGUACAAGUAUCACGCCGGGAUACUCAAGGACGAAAAGAUGAAGUUUAACUCCAAGACCGGCCUCAACAACGCCCACUUCAAAUACCAGUACGACGGAAACGCGCGCCUGUCCACCAUAGACGUGAACAUCAACAGCAAGGAGAUGCCGCAGCUGAGGCUAAAGUACAACCAGAACCUCGGCAUACUCGAGGGGGUGAGCGACCUGCGGAUCUACAGAAACACGUUCAAUCGCUCCGUGAUGCAGGAUACGAGCAAGCAGUACUUCACCAUCACCGACUACGACGACCACGGCCGAGUCAAAACCGUCCUCAUGAACAUCAAAUCCUUCGACGUGUUCCGCCUGGAGCUGGACUACGACGUGAGGAAUCGAAUCAGAUCGAAGAAGACAAUGAUUGGCGACACGUCGUCGAGCGAGAGGGUCAGCUACAACUACGACGGGCACCUCAUGGAGGUCGUCGGCUCCGAGGAUGACUGGAAGUACGUGUACGACGAGAACGGCAACGUCGUCGGCGUCAUCGAGCACGGCGAGAAGCGGUACCUCGGGUACGACAUCGGCGACCGGGUCGUCCAGUACGGCGACGUGGAGUUCAGCAGCUACGACGGCCGCGGGUUCGUCAUCAGGCGCGGCGAGCAGAAGUACCGGUACAACGCGCGCGGCCAGUUCGUGCACGCCUUCGAGCGGGACAAGUUCCAGAUGUGGUACCACUACGAUGAGAAGAACCGCCUCGUCGCCCGGCGGGACGACAAGGACAACGUAACCCAGUUCUUCUACGGCAACCCCCAGUCGCCGAAUCUGGUCACGCACAUGCACUACCCCAAAACCGAGAAGACCAUCCGGUUCCUGUACGACCAGCGGGAGUUCCUGACCUGCGUCGAGACCGAAGACCGGAGGUACUACGUGGCCACCGACCACGGUGGCUCGCCCGUCGUCGUCUUCGACGUAAACGGGGAAAUCGUCAAGGAGAUCAAGCGGAGCCCCUUCGGCAAGAUAGUGAAGGACACGAACCCUGAUUUCUACCUCCCAGUGGACUUCCAAGGAGGAAUCCUCGACGUAAACACGAACCUGUUGUACCUCGACAACAGGCUGUACGACCCCAUCGUCGGGCAGUGGAUGACGCCGAGCUGGGAGCACCUGGCCAGCAAGCUGAGCCUGCCGACGGACAUUUUCAUCUAUCGCUUCAGGAACAACGAUCCGAUCAAUAGGAACCAGGAGGUCCCGUACAUGACCAACCUGGCGAACUGGCUGCAACUGUACGGCUACGACCUGACGAAGAUGAUGGGGGCGAAGUACAUAACCGACAUGAUCUACCAGCCGAUCAACGCGGUGUCGGCGCCAAAGUUGACACCCGAGUUUGGCGUGCUGUCCGGACUUCAGUGCAUCAUCGAAAAGGUCAACAGUAAGCUCGCCGAUUUAGAGUUCGUGCCGACGCCUCUAUUGAAAAUGGAGCCUAUCACGCGUAACUUGCUGCCGCGUGUGUCCUACAAGCGCGGCAUCUUCGGGGAGGGAGUGUUGAUCUCGCGCGUGGACGGGAAGGCCUACAUCAGCGUCGCGGACGGAGCCAACAACGUAGUCGAGGACGUUAUAACCACCGUCUUCAAUAACUCCUACUUCCUCGACGUCCAUUUCAACAUACACGACCAGGACGUCUUCUACUUCGUGAAGGACAACUCCUUGAAGAUACGCGACGACUUGGAGGAGCUGCGCCGCCUGUCUGGCAAGUUCAACGUGUCGCAAGACGAGACCAACGACCAGGGAUUGGAGGUCCGCGUGCACGCGGUGGGUCGCGGGUCGGGGGGCGCCGUGAUCGUGCUGCGGUACGGCGCGGACCCGGCCGCCGAGCGCCUGCGCCUGCUGAAACACGCGCACAAGCGGGCCGCCGCGCGCGCCUGGGAGCGAGAGAAGGCGCUGGUGGCGGCCGGCUGGGAGGGCGGCGCCGCCUGGACCGAGGAGGAGAAGGAGGAGCUCAUCUCCCACGGCGUCGUGGACGGCUGGGCGGCCCGGGACGUGCACCCCCUCGCCCGAUACCCGCAGCUCGCGGACGACCCCGCCAACAUAGUGUUCGUGCGUGACGGCCGACGUAAGCGCCGGCGCAGCGGCCGUGCGCGCCACCGCACCUGACUCGCCGACCGAUGAGCGGCCUCCGACUACAGGGUAGCGACUCGACGCGACCUUUUUAUACCUAUUUACAUCGCUUAGACGUAGUUUUCGGGUAUUCCUAAAGUAUUUUAGCCAAAUAUUAAUUUUUCCCUACACCUAGGUAUUUGUACAUAAUAUUUUAUUCUUGUAGGCGCCCCUUUUCUACUAGACCCGAGGUCUUCUCGCAAUACUGUCUACUGUUUAAGCAAUAUUUUAUCCCUAAAGUUUAGAUACUUUAUAUUAUUUAUCCGAAAGUAUGUAUCCCGGUAGCGCGGAGUGGCCCUCCCGCCGGGGCUCGGAGUUCGCCCUUGCGCGAUGGCAACUCGAUCUUGGCGCUCCCCUGUAUUAUAUUUCAACUAAUUAUAUUUUAAACUACGAGUGCGUGGCGAAUGAAUCUCAACUGUAGAAACGCGAUCACCGUUCCCUUCACUGAUAUAGUCGUAGCUGUCCGCGGCUGACGCCGAGCACGGACGUUUCUGUGGUUACCGGCUAACGAACUGUCCGCUCGCGUCCGCCGUAGUUUCGUGGAUGUUCAAUAGGCUGGCCCAUUCGCAAGGCCUCGACGAGUAACGCGUAUACGUAACGCUCCAUGAGUUGUGCAAUAAUCGACUGUAGACGAUCGUCUUAGGGUCUAAACUUAUCCGAACUUAGUCCGUAAUUUUUAUGUGUAUUGAGCGUAGUGAUAUCGCUUGAAAGUCAUUAAGGAUCGUCGUUAUUGUGAUCUUCGAUCGUCGUACGCCUAAUAGUUUAGUCGUAACUCGUAAGUCAUUAAGGAAACGUUUUAUUGUAAAGUACGUACUACGUAGCCAUAGUGUAUGUCCAUAAAUGUGUCAUUAAAUCGUGGUGUCUAAUCGUGUUAGAGUUUCUGAAAUCUAAUUUAUCGCUCUCGAAAGGACUGAACGGACGACGGGGUGAGGAUAUUUUUAGGUAACGUUUUUUAAAUUUGGAAUAAUCUAAAUUCCUAUAGGCGGGCUGAAGCCCACGUAAAGUGAUAUUUUGGCGAGAUGUGAGGAAACGAAGCAAUACUUGUAAUACGUCUUACUUUUAUUUAGGAACUUUAAGAUGUAUUUUUAUUUACAUUAUUAUAAUUAAAACCUUAUAUAUAUAUCGAUAUAACCUAUUGAGAAUGUAGCUAUCGAUUCGACGAAGGUAUAGAGCGGUAUAGUUAUCUUUUUAUAAUGUAUAAAGAAUUCUAAUUUGUAAAUAGGUACUUAAUAACGUACGUGUAAUAUAAUAUUGUACAUAUCUCUACGCUUGAAUUAUUUAUAUCGAAUCGUUUGUAAGGCGGGAUGUAUCAUAGAGUCGUAAGAGGCUGAAAAUAAUCCAUACCGAUCGGCUCGGCUGGCAGACAUUUUUAAAUUAACUUAUUCGUCCAUAAUAAAAAGUAUAAUUUAAUCGGGUAUUUACCGCUCAAACGCGCCAUAGACUGUUAUGUGCAGCCGGUCGGCUAGUACCAUCGACAACCUACCAUAGACUAAAGCUUCUAGAUACUUAGAGAGCUUCUGUAAUCGUUCGCGCGAUCGCUUUUAUAUCGCACAGCAAAGAGCAUGCUGCAUCAUACAAGUUACAACAGUGAUAAAAAUUUAAAAAAUUAACAACUUAGCCUUUCGAGACGUUGGCGCAGUGUUGCAAAAUUUUAAGUAAAGCGUAAUAACAGUUACUAGCUUUACGAUAUUAAAAGCGCGCGUGCAGACGAAGUCUCACUGUGGCAUUUACAUGUAGAACGAAUCCUCUGCAGCAUUUACUUUGUAUUAUUGUAGAUACGUUGGUAGCGCCCUGGCCCCUGCGUGGCGGAGUGUGUACGUCGACGAUGUAAGCAUGUACAAUAAAUAAAAUAUAGUACUAUUCUAAUGGAAUAUGUAAUAAAAAAUUAAUAAAA